AUGGGCCUCAGCAUGCUCCCCGACGAGCUUCUGCUCACUCUCGCAGAGCAAUGGCCCUGCAGAGAUGCGCAGCUCAAACAAUUGAGCGUCUUAUUAUCUCCUUCCCUCCCGACUCCCUCCACGAUCAUCGUCCACGGCUCCCGCGCAACAGGCAAGAGCAGCGUCGUUCGCGGAUAUCUAGAAGCCAGCAAGAGAACAUUCGCUUUCAUUCGGUGUCGAGAGUGUAUUACGGGUCGACACUUGCUCGAGAGGACUGUGGCCGCUGUCGUACGGGCUUUACAAGACGACGGCGCAACGGGGACGAAAGCGUACAAUACUCGGUGCGAGAAUUUGAGUGCGCUCGUGCAGCACCUUCAGAAAUUGCUUUUGGGCAAAGAGGAGGGAAAGAAGUUCGUGUUGGUGUUUGAUGGGAUUGAUAAGUUGCGUGAUGCGCCGCCUACGCUUUUGCCUGCGUUGGCGAGGUUGCGGGAAUACAUUCCCACCCUCCAAACAGUCCUCAUCCUCCGCCAUCCAACCCCGCGCCUCCUCCACCACCCUGGAAUUCCGCACCUCCACUUCACCCCCUACACUCGCCAACAGACUCUGCACAUCCUCUCCCGCAACUCACCCGCCAUCUUCCCCACCAUCCCACCCCCACGAGAUCCAUCCUACGACGCCGAACUCCACGAAGAAGACAAAAGCUGGCUAUGGCCGCGCUUCUGCGCCGCAGUCUGGGAUUCCCUGGGAGCGGCAGCAGCGCGGGACCUCGUAUCCUUCCGCGAAGCGUGUCUGAAACUCUGGCCCGCGUUCGUAGCGCCUGUUGUAGCGGGAGAAUUUGGAACGCGGGACUUCAGUCGGUUGCUGGUUUCACAGAGGAGGUUGUUUCAAGACGAGGGCGUGCUGUUGCAUUCUAUCCUUGAUGCCGGUGCUGUCACUACCACUACCAAUGGUGUUGCUGCUGCGGUGGAGAGGAAAGCCACGACGCACGAACUCCCCUACUACGCCAAAUGGCUGCUCCUCGCCGCCUACCUUGCCUCCUACAACCCCGCCAAACUCGACGCAACCUACUUCAUGAAGACCAGCGAGCGCGGCAAAAAGCGGCGAGCCGGACGACCGAGUCAGAAGCGCACGAUUUCGCGCCGUCUCCUCGCACCAGCCGCAUUUCCGCUCGAUCGUCUGUUUUCGAUUCUGCAUGCUAUUUUGCCGCAUGAUUUGCGCACUUCGGUCGAUGUGUAUACGCUUGUUGCCACCCUUACGAGUUUGCGGUUGUUGGUCAGGAGUGGGAUUGGAGGCAGUGGAGGGGAUGUGUUGGAGCCUGGCGGGAAGUGGAGGGUGGGAGCGGCGGUGACGUGGGAGUUUGUACUGGGUUUGGCGAGGGGGGUGAAGUUUGAGGUUGUAGAUUACAUGGCUGAAUGA